AUGCGUCUAUUCAAUCCUCUUGCUGCACUCGCUGCUGUUAUUACCUUCACAAUGGCGCAAGAUACACCAGCACCGCCUCAAAUGACUUUGAUCUAUCACAUGGAAGCAGAUCUGGGAGAACGAUUCUCGCUAGGUUCUAUUCCAACGGGUCAAGAACGCAUCGUCAUCCCUAUUGUCGGAGGGACAUUCAAAGGACCCAGAAUUUCUGGUAAAGUUCUAAACCUCGGCGCCGACUGGCGCCUGACGGACGCGCAAGGAAAGUUUCGGCCAGAUGCUCGUUACAAUAUCCAGACUGAUGACGGAACCUACAUUUACGUCCAGACAGAGGGUCUUCCUCCUGCUGUAGAUGGUGCACCAUCGAUGUUGCGAGGGAGAUUUGAGACAAGCACGAACGGAACGGCUGCGUGGUUGAACGAUGUGGCCGCUGUGGGCGUCAUUAGAAGAAAUGGCACGUCAAGUGUUUUGAUCGAUAUGUGGCAGGCAUCCCCGCCUUCAGAGUGA